AUGGCAUUUACUUACGAUACAGAUGAUAAAUUUAUGGUGAUAAUGUCGGCGGAUACGUUGCAGACAAUAUAUAAUCAAAUGGAAGAUGAUGACCCGGAAGCGGAAGACGAUGAACCGUUCACACCUGAUUUAAUGGAUGAAGCUUUGCAUACUGCUGAAGUUAUUGAUAUUUCUACUCCAUCAACAUCGCCAUCAGGAAUAUCAGAAUAUUUAGUGAUUAUACCACGCCAGCGUCGUCGAGCACAUUCAUUUGCUGCCAAACGUUUGACAUCCUCGCCAACUUUGUCAGAAUCACGUCGUAGCCGAACUUUAUCAGAAUCACGUCGUAGCCGACGUGAUUCUAAUUGA